AUGUCUAGAACAGUAAAUGAUGAUCAAUAUGAUACCCAGACUCAAUUCUCAGAUGAAACAAAUAACACGGAAGAACCUUCAAAUAUAAUAUUCAAAUCACCAAAAGAAUUAGAAAUGAAUCAAUUGAAACUGCUGUCUCCAUUUAUAUCAAAUCCAUCAUCACCGAUAUAUUCAACUUCUGAAUUAAAUAAAUCAUUGAAUGAAAUUAAUUUACAAUCAAAUACAGAAACAUUGCAUAAUUCAAUAAAUUCUACAAUUGAAUUACCAUCUUUCAUAGAUGCUCAAACUCCAAAACUUAAACAAAUAUCGCCAUGGCGAAAAUUUAGAAAUACAACAAAUAUAACCACCAAUAGUCAUAUUUUUAAUUCUCCAAAGAGUUUAUUUAUUAAUAAACCAGAUCUACAAUAUAAAUCCGAAUCCAAUAAUAAAGAAAUAAUAAAAUUACAAGUUGAAAAUAAAUGUUUAAAGAAUUUUUUAAGGGAAUUGGUAGAUAAAUGUAAUUUAUCUACUAAUGAGUAUAAUGAGUAUCUUAAUUCAAGUCCAAAUGAAAGACAAGUAGAGUUGAAUAAUUUACAAGUGGAAUAUGAUGAAAUAUAUAAAUUAAAUCAAGAUUUAUAUUCUAAUUUAGAAUCAUUUCAUAAUCAAAUAAAUGAAAAAGAAACAAAAAUCAACCAAUUAAACGAAUUUAUAAACAAUAUUGAAUCUAUAAUCAACGAUUUAAUAUCAGAAAUGGCUAAUAGUACAACUGGUCCAUCUUCAAGUGCUUUAAUGUCUAGCAUCAAUUCAAGUCUAGAAGUUAAAUUAAAUGUAAUGAAAUUGGAAAUGUCAAGAGAAUCAAAUUUGCAUUUACCUACUCCACCAAAUACUCAAACUGACCUAGUUAAAGAAUUGGAAAAACAACAAGCACAAAAAGAGGAUAUUCAAAAGGAAUUGAAUAGUCAAAUUGAAGAAUGUUUAAAAAUAAAAAAUAAUUUCCAAAUCAUUUCAGAUAAAUUCAACAACUUAAAGUCAUCAAUAGAUGAAGAAUCAACUCAAAACAAACAACUCAAGCAAAAAUUAGAGGAGAAAGAUAAUAAGAUUCAAGAAUUGGAGAAAUUGGUGGAUUCAGAACAGUUGUCUAAUUUACAAGGUGCUUAUAAUGAAUUAACGCAAGAUUAUAAUACUCUAAAACUGAAUUAUAAUGUCAAGACGUCUCAAUUGCACGAAAAAUCCAUUGAGUUGAGGAAUCAAGUUGAAGUUGUUGAAAAAUUAAGAAUUGAAUUGGAUAAUUCAUUGGAUAAACAAAGAAAGUUUAAUACUGAAAAGAUUCAAUUGAGUUAUAUAAAUGAAAAAUUACAAAAGGAGAAUGAUUUGUUACAUGAUAGAUUAUCUAGAAUGACUGAUACUACCUCUGAAAAAGAAAAUGAAUUAUUAGAUAGUAGAUAUUCUAGAAUGUCAAGUGCUAAUACCGAUAAAGAGUUUUUAAAUGAUAGAGUUUCAAGACUGGGUACAGCUAAUACAGAUCCAGGUCAAUUAGAAUAUAUAAAUGACCAAUUAAUCAAAGAAAAUGAAAUAUUACAUGAUAGAUUAACAACUACAAAUGAGCAAUUUAUCAGAGAAAAUGAAAUACUCCACAACAGAAUAUCACAACUUAAUUCAAAUAACAACAACAAUCUAAUCAAACAAAAUACACUUCAUAAUAAAUCAUCACAACUAACUACAACAACAGAAACAAAUCUUAAAAAAUUAUCAAUACUAGAAUAUCAAUAUAUUGACCUAUUAUCCUUUGACAUACUUGAAUUUUCAAAAUUAAUCAAUUCAUAUAAUAAAAUCGCCGAUGAUACAUCAUUAAGAGAUCCACGCCUCAAAUUUGAAAAAUUAAAUCGCAAACUCAAUCAAGACAUAUUUGAAAAUAUAGCAUAUAUAAGAGAAAAACAUAAAUCCAUAUUUGAAUAUUUCAUAAGGGCAACGGACAUACUCAUCAACGACCAUAUUAAAUUAUUAUUAAAAGAGAAUACUAAUGAGUUGACCCAGUUAAGGAAUGAAUUAACGAGGUUGAAUAAUGAGAAUUAUGAAUUGAGAAGUAGGAACGAGGGGGGGAUAAGUAAGUUGAGAUUAGAUGAUUUGAGGAAUAAAUGGAAAUUAGAGAGGGAGAAACGUAUUAUUGAAGAUAGGGAAAAUAAGAAAAGGUUUAAAGAGUUGGAGUUGGAGAUUGAUAGGUUGAGCAGAUAG